UGCUUUCGCUCUAUUCCCUAGCCGAGUUAGUCUCUAAUUGAAUCGAACCUCUCUCUAUUCGUUUUCGGAAGAUUCAGUAGUCGAGGAAAGUCUCUUCACUCAGCUCAGCUCGCAGAUGGCGGUAUCAGCUGUCAAAGUCAGCAAUGUUUCAUUGGGAGCAACCGAACAAGACAUAAAGGAGUUCUUUUCUUUUUCUGGUGAAAUUGAUUGUAUCGAUAUGCACAGUGACACUGAGCGCUCUCAAAUCGCAUACAUAAGAUUCAAAGACUCCCAGGGGGCUGAGACUGCAAAAUGUCUAUCGCUCCAUCCUGUUUUCUUCCAGGGAGCAACAAUAGUGGAUCAGUCAGUUAUCAUAGAAUUGGCUCCAGACCACGAGUUUCCUGUGACUGCUACAGUCUAUUCUAAUGCAAACGAGAACAACAAUGGAAGUGGUGGAGCUGAAUCUUCUUCAGCUAUCCAAAAGGCAGAGGAUGUGGUCAGCAGCAUGCUGGCAAAGGGCUUCUGCCUGGGGAAAGACGCAGUGAAAAAGGCCAAGGCGUUCGAUGACAAACAUCAACUCACAUCAACAGCAUCAUCCAAGGUUGCUUCACUUGACCAGAAGAUUGGCCUGAGUGGGAAACUCAGUGCAGGGACCACUGCUGUGAACGAGAAAGUGAAGGAGAUGGACGAGAAGCUGAAGGUGUCGGAGUCAGCCAAGGCAGCUUUCACAGUUGCUGAACAGUCGGUCAGCAAUGCUGGAUCGGCCAUCAUGAAGAACCGUUACGUGCUGACAGGGACUGCAUGGGUGACUGGUGCAUUUGGUCGGGUGACCAAAGUUGCAGGUGAGGUUGGACAGAAGACGAAGGAGAAAGUGGCGGCUGAGGAAGAAGAAGCUAAUAAGGCUUCAGGUUACGUUCCCAUUUCGUGACUUGCUUGAGCCCUAGGAGUGGUUGUUUUGGACUUGGAUUUGUACUGAAAUCUUUGUGCCAGACAUGGAUGUUCCAGUUGCUUGUGUUGUUGGUGAGGAAUGAUGAUUUUGUGUUUUGCCAUAUAUAGUCUCCAACAGCAAUGUUCUUGGUUGGGUGUGCCAGUACAUACUAAAGAUCAACUCUAGCAGGUUUCUCUUUUGAGUUUUGAAUACACUUUGCUUUGAACUGGUGGUCUUUUCUUGCAACAUUGUACAAGUAACAAGUUACUUUUCUUAUUGAUUCAAUUGCAAAAUACAUUUCCAUAGUCAUAAUUUCAAAAA